UUGACCUUCCACGUUUUGGAUUUCUUGUGAGUUUCUGUAGGAAAACUCGAAGUCUGUUAAGAUAUACAAAAUACAAGUCAGAACUAAUUAACCACGAUUAAAUGACGUUAUAAUAUGUUGUUCCGUCAUGCUAAUUUGUAGUUUACCUUACUUAUAUCUUAAAAUAGUCUCUUACAACUGCUUUUUUAUGUAUAAUGCCCUUUGGAAAUAUGGAAUAAUGCUUGAAGUAUUUUAAAGUGACAGUUUGUAAGCUUUGUUCACAGCCAUAUCAAGCUAACUGUGACGAACGAGGGCAAAGAAUAACAUGCAACUUACUACUGUCAAUUAAUCGACAGUAAUUACUGAAUGAUUUGUCCAAGUUAAACUCAGUAGAAACAGGCGAGGAAAAUAUGAAGUUGAUUUCAAACAAAGAUAUACAGUGGGUAAACGCAUUUAAAUUAGAACGCUGGAAAAUCAUAAACGUUCGGGAUAAACUUCAGACAGAAAGUUAAAUUGUUAUAGUUGCUGACUUUUCUGUAUUGUUUCUUGAACUGUUUUCGGUCAUAUUUACCAUUCUUUGUACUAGAAUUUCCACAUUUCCUCAUUUUAAAUGAUUAACGUUUUCUUUUGUGCAUGAUGACUGGUUUUUGAAUACUUGUGCUUUCUCACACCUGUUUUAUAAACAAACAUUUUUUAGUCACUUUCAAAAUAUUAAUCUUUUAAAUUAAAGGCUAGACAAUUUUAAAAAAUACUCAGACUGAUAAAUGCACAAUGAAACCAAAGAUCACACUGCAUACACAUUUUUAACUAUUUUUCCUAUAUGCUGGAUAUAUAUACGUUGAAUAAGAUCUUGUAAAUUUACCGUUUCGAUCGACUGGUGACUUUUGGUUUAACUUUUUACGCAGAAGUAUGAUUUUAGUAUUCAUUACUUUAGCCUUGGCUUUUUAUUUUUGGAAUAGGUGUCAAGAAACAUGUAGUUAAGUAACUCAUCUACUACAGUAGUGAAUUCCAUCGAACUACAGUAUCGUUCUUAGUAUGUAUUCACCUACUAAACCAAUGGACUAUAGGCCUGUGAACCACGUCCAAUGAGCCUGCACAUACGGAGUCUAUGAAUAUUCUUAAUUUCAUGGUCCAAUGUUACUGGAUGACUACCUUACUUCUUUUUCAACAAUCUCCAGUCUUGACAACUUAUAUGUGAAAACGCUGUCAAGAGUAGGAUCUAUGAAGCACUUUGGUUAACCGCUAUGUACCAAAAUUUAGCAAUGUUUCUAUGCAAUUACCAUUCAGUGUUGGAAGUCCUGCCAAGUCAAUGAUGAGACAUAGAUAGCUGUCAUACAGAUUCAGUUCAAAAGAACUCUUUUAGUCAUAUAGCAGUAUGCAUCCUAAAUUAGUAUGGCUGAUAAGUCACAGACAAAUAACUCGAAAGUAACACUACUGGUAAUGAGAACAGGCAUAAGACAGAUUAUAUUUCAUCGCCUAUCUUGCUUACAAUAAGAUUACCUACUUAUGUAUCCAGGUACACGGAGUUGAGAGUUGUUUCCAACGGCGAACAGUCUAGUGUGAGCAUAGGGAGAGACUCGUGUCAGUAAGGCCGAACCUAACCUUGCAUGUAAUUUGUAUUUAAUCUAUCCAUAAACAGUCAUAAAAUUGCUUGAACACCUUGAUAAAAAUCUAAGACCGACACAUGAGUUCUUACACGUCUUCCAUAUAUUGACACUCAUAUUAAGACGUGUAUGUAUCGAUUAGCUCUGCGGACACAAAGCAGUUCAUAUAUAAAGUUUUCUCAUUUAUUCCAUCAUUUUCGAUUCGGGUUUUAUCUUUCCAGGAUUUUGCAGUCUCUUUGUUAGUUUGAUAGUCAUGUAUAUUAUUACAUCCAUUACCCUUUCUUGUGAUUAGGUACUAGUAAUAAUGAUUGCGUUUCUUCAUUAGCGUAUUGCAGAAUUCUAAUGCGAUUUUCUGUCAUGUUUAUCGAGAAAUGGCUGUAAAGCUUUGUUUUUUAGUCUAAAUAAAUAAUUUAUAUAAAGCAAAUUGUUUCUCAUCAUUGAACAAUUACAUAUAAUAAAAAUGGAUGCAUAUGUCUAUUAAUUACAUUGUUGCCUUAUAAGAUUGUUAGUCACAUUUUGUUAUGUAGCCAUUUUGUUACAAUAGUUGCGAAUCAGUGCCUGUCGCUUUAAUCGGAAUCUUAGUAAUUUUUUAAACUAUGCAAAUCAGAAUUUUGCCUAAUUUUGCUCUGCAUAUGGUCAAUAAACUUAAAAUGCCUCAGCAGUCUGUCUUGGUAUUCACUACUAUGUUUUUCAGUCUUCUGAUGUUUCUCAGAAGCCCGAAUCUUUAUCGUUUCCUAGUUUCCAAUAUGUUCUCAUUAAACGCUAAUCUACUCAAUAGCACCUAAUAUAUGUGUAUAUCUAUAAAUUUCUUACCUCUAGUUCAAUGUCUGUUUGUGAAUCAAACGAAAAGCCCUACUCAAGGAGUUACAUCCACCUAGAAAACUGUGAUAAAAAUGACUUAAAAAUACGUAUUAUGCAGUGGAACAUGCUUGCUCAGGGUAGGUUUAUAGCUGUAGACCUUUAUUUAUUUCCAAAAUACAGGCUUUGUUCCGUUGGACGAAUUCAUAUACUGUCCUUGUAAAAUGUUGUCGUUUGAACGUAGAUGUAAAUCAAUCAGUGAAGAGAUCCUGCGUUAUGAUCCAGAUAUUGUUUGCUUACAAGAAGCAGACAUAAUUAAAGACAUAGUAAAAAGUCUCAACGCCAGCAGUGGGAGAGAUAAUUAUUCGUUUUGUUUUCUACCAAAGAUGUCUUCUCCUUGUUUGAUGGUUAAAAAUAAUCACGGGCCUGAUGGACUUGCUGUUAUUUAUCGGAAUGAUAAUUAUGAACUGAUAAAAUCUGAAAAGAUUCCUCUCAAUGAAGACAAUUCACGUUAUGCUCUUUUUUGUCACUUCAUACCCAAAGAUGUUGGACACUUAAACAAGAGCUGCCCUGAUAUCUACCUAAUAUGUCUUCACUUAAAAGCUAAGGUAUAUUGUUCUGAGAUACGAAGAAAACAAGGAGAAGAACUUGUUAAAUAUUUAAAUUCAUUUAUCAAGCGUAUUUCUUCCACUUCUGCACCCGUAAAUAGUACUGUAUUUCCUCCUAUUUUUAUUUGCGGUGAUUUCAAUGCUGAACCUACAGAACCAGUAAUUAAUAUUUUACAAAAUUUCUCCUUGAAUUCUAACACACUGUACAAGCUCACAAGUGCUUACUACGUAGCAGGUGGUUGUAAAGAACCUGAAUUUACAACAUGGAAAAUCAGAAAAAGUAAACGAAUUGUAGAACUUACCGAGGACUGUCACACGAUUGAUUAUAUUUGGUACUGUGAUCGACUAUGCACUUUGUUAGGUGCUUGGUCCAUUCCAUCCAAAACUGAAAUUGGUCCUAAUGGUCUACCGUCAGCUAUAUUUCCAUCAGAUCAUAUGAAUUUAAUUGCAGAUUUUAGUUUACGUUUAUGCAAGUAGUAUAUAUUCUUCUUUGAUCUAUCACUUUUUUGAUAAACAUUAUUUUCAUCAUAUUUACUGCUUGAAUUGGUUUUGGCAUUGAUUUAAAUUUAGUUUAAUAUAGCUUCGAGUCAAUUGAUUAACUUUGGUCGUUAAUUUGCAUGAAAUAAGAGAUCAAGUUCUUAUUAACGCUUUACUGAAAUUUUAUUUUUAUGAUCUUUAUUGAAUAAACUGUGUAAAUAUGUUUUGACGAUUUAUUUCUUUAAAGCGUAUCUUCGAAGUUUAAUUUUUUUCCCUGAUUAAAUUUGACUUCAGUACUAGUUG